GCUGCUGAGGGAGACCCCGGAGAAGGAGGAGGAGGAGGAGGAAGAAGAGGCGGAGAAGGGACUGUGGAGAAAGGAACCGGCGGGGGCGAUGAAAGCCGAGACUUGAGGCGGAGGGGGCGGCGAGGGCUGCUGCUGCUCCUGCUGCGAGAGGCAACUGCAGUUUAAAUCCCCCCUUGAGCUGCUGCUGCUGCAGUUUGAGGGGGGAGGGUAACAUUUCUUUGUCCCUUCCCUUCCCUCAUCCCCGGCUUAUUUUAAUAGGUAUAUCUUUAACUCAGCCUUGUAAAUGCUGUAGGAAGCACGCCUUUCCAAGGAAGAGAAGCCCACCCCGCCACCCACCCCACUUUCACUUACUGAGGAUCGGACCAGAGCGCCCCCCCUGGAUCCCCCCCCCACAACAAGAACUUUGGCCUCAGGGAAAGAAGGACGGUCGCUGCUUUAUUUACUUCACUGAGUGCCUGUCGCUUAUUUUUUUUCUCUCCUUUUUAAUGAGAAGGUGACUCGGAUACAGAACUAUCCUCUGAAUCAUCUUCGUCAUUCAUUAUUGGUCUAGGCUGGAGAGGAAGAGCAAGAGAGGAAGAAAAAGCGCUCCUACACAAUUCAUGUUGUUGUUGUUGUAUGUUUUUGCCUGGUCUAUCUGGCACAACUGGUGUUCGUGCUGCUGUUGACAAGAAUCCGUUGCUGUCUUCUGGUUUCCCUGUGGUUUCCUCUCUGAUCCAGCCUUUUUAAUACCAGUUGGAUUCUUUUGUCAGUUUCCUUGCUGCGGGUCAGGUGCUUUUAUUGAAGGAAGCAAACACGCACAACUUACCAGGAACAAAACCAAAGAUUGGUUACCUGGAAGAUCUUUUACUAUACCUGUGUUGUUUUGGCUGGCUUUUACAUUUCCCUCCUUCUUUGUUUCUUGAAACCGACAGCCUAGUUAUCAAGAUGUCUAGCAGUGUUCCAUCUGAUAUGAUAAAUUUGCGCCUCAUUUUGGUAAGUGGAAAAACGAAAGAGUUCUUGUUCUCACCAAAUGAUUCAGCAGCGGACAUUGCAAAACAUGUAUAUGACAACUGGCCAAUGGAUUGGGAAGAAGAACAAGUGAGCAGUCCAAAUAUUCUGAGACUUAUUUAUCAAGGAAGAUUUCUUCAUGGCAAUGUGACACUAGGAGCAUUAAAAUUGCCCUUUGGCAAAACAACAGUGAUGCAUUUGGUGGCUAGAGAGACAUUGCCAGAGCCAAAUUCUCAAGGGCAGAGAAAUCGUGAAAAAACUGGAGAGAGCAAUUGUUGUGUGAUCCUGUAGAAGCUCCACUGUACCUGCUACUUGUGAUGUAGAAUAGUUUUUGUCUCUCAUGCUGCAGGAUUAGAGGAGACCAACAUUGUUUCAAAAACCCUUUCUGCCUAUGUGAAUCCACUGAACUGAAAUAUUACAUGAACCUGGUCACACUUUUUUUCUAGAACAAUGAAUACUUUUUUAUUUCUACUCUUUAUGUUGUUGAACAAGCUUAUUAAUGCAUCAUUUCGCCAAUGAAUUUUCUCUCCAAGAAAAAAAUUAACUACUCUUCAGCAGAAAUCAUUUUGCUACCUUAAAAUCAUUCUUAACCGGAACUUUAACCAAUCACGAAUACUAGAGGCAAUUUGCACUAAAACGGCUGACAAUAUAUAGACUUCAUCAACAAAUGUUCUUAAGUAUUUCCAACACCGAGAAAUGAAUCAGCACUGAAAAAAAUCCAUAGUUUUUUUCUUAAAUUUAGUCAUGGCCAAUAGAAAGCAGGGAGAUAGAUGGGUGGGAAAGAGUAACUGCUAAGUAAAUUCUACCUAAGUCACCCUUGAUGACCAAGUGGCACAAAACACUAACUACUAAAAUUGUCUAUAUAUAAAAAAAAUCUCACUGCAACAAACUAUGUGCCUGUAAUUUUAAAGCACUCUGUAGAGGGCUCUUGCAACUUUUUUUUUUUAUUGAUGUGCACUCUUCUUUCGUACAUUUGUUGAGUGCUUGUUUAGACAGCACAAAUAAGUGCAGAGAGUGCAUUUCCUAGCCUUAAUAUGGGAGGGGUAAUUUCCUGUAGUUCAUAGGCUUUUAUUAUUGUGCAUAAAUAUUAAAGACCUCAUUUACUAAUCAAUUUAUGUCUUUGAAUAUCUACAAUUGAUGUUUUUCAGUCAUCCUUAUUCAUCUGAUCUUAGUGUCCAGUGUCAUGCUUACUCGUGACUUCAAAGAGAUAAUUAAAAGGAUAAAAUAGAAAAAAAUGCUAAAUGAUGAGUUCAUUUGUUUGUUAUUUGCAUUUGAUAUUAGUGCUUGCAAUUGUAUUGGAAAUCAAAAGCUGUUUUUUAAAAGCAUACAUAGUUACAAAGGAUGCCAUUAUUUUAUUUCAUGUAAUUUAAAAAAAGAUAUGCUAAAAAAUUUGCACAGCACUAAAGCAUGAGGUAGUUUCAUCUAAACUUGUAAAAAUUAUAUAAAGAUUUUAUAUUUUUUCUACUAGGGAGAAAUCUUCCUAGUUGAAAGUAAAAAAUAUGUAGAAUAUAUUUAAUUAAAAAAAACUUAUAAAAACAUGGCUACAGAACUUAAGUAUAGAUUGGCGGGUAAAAUAAUACAACAAUAAACUAUAUAAAUAGAUCUAGGCUUUUAAAGAUGCAGACUGACAUUGUGUUCUGUAUUUGAGUCCAUAGCCAUUACAAACGUUCCGUGUUUUGAAUGAUCUUCAUUUAAAUGUAAUCAGGUUACUUUAUUCAAUGUUACUGCUUUGAGAAAAUGCUUUAUAUGCAGUAGGCCUACAAAGAUAUUGUUCAUAAUGAUCAAAAUUAAAUUUGUAUAGAGCAGAGUUUUAAACAAAUUGUAAAUAGCACUAAACAUUUUCCUUCUGCAACCUGUACUGAUAGAUUCUUCUGUAAACUAAAUAAAAGAAGAAUAUUGUAGUGUA